CACAAAACACCCCAAUGACCAAAAUGCUCCCACUACAGCCAACACCACUAUUUCUCACCAUCCUCAUCUUCACUCACCAGGCAAUCUGUCCUUCCAUUUAUGCCCUUGACUUUCUCUACAAUUCCUUUUCACCCACAGCCGUCCCCCUCCUCAACCUCACCGACGACGCCCGCCUCGUACCACCGGUCAUCCGCCUCACCAAUGACUCCAACCAGUUCUCCCUCGGCCGCGCCUUUUAUCCUACUCGCAUCCCUUUCAACUUUACCAAAACGCCCAACUCCACCAUUUCCACCUCAUUCUCCACCCAGUUCAUCUUCUCCAUCCUCCCGGAAAUCUCCACCAGCCCGGGAUUCGGGCUGGCCUUCGUUCUUUCCGGUUCAACUUCUCCGCCCAACGCGCUUGCGGGGCAGUAUUUUGGGCUUUUCUCUACUGCCCUCAACGCCCCACCUGGUCCUCUGAUCGUUGUAGAAUUUGAUACUGGGAGGAACACGGAGUUCAACGAUCGAGAUGAUAAUCACGUGGGGAUUGAUCUGAAUAGUAUCGAGUCGAGAGUGUCUCAACCUGCUGGAUAUUUUGAUAGGAAUGGAGGUUUUGUUCCUUUUCGUAUGCGAAAUGGGGAGAAUAUCAGGGCCUGGAUUGAGUUUGAUGGACCAAAGAAUGAGAUAAAUGUGACUCUAGCCCCGGUUGGGGUGCCACGACCGGUCAGGCCUUUGAUUAAUUUCAGGGAUCCUGUGAUUGCAGACUACCUGUCUGAUGAAAUGUUUGUUGGGUUUUCGGCAUCCAAGACUACUUGGGUUGAGGCGCAGAGGGUUUUAGCUUGGAGUUUUAGUGAUACUGGAGUAGCGAGGGAUGUUAACACGACGAAUUUGCCUGUUUUUCUGUUGGAGAAUGCAUCGUCUAGGUUGUCUGGCGGAGCUAUUGCAGGGAUUGUGAUUGCUUGUGUGGUGGUUUUGGGAGUUGGGUUGGGUGGAUUUUAUAGGUUUUGUUGGAAAAGGAGCAGGGAAGAUGAUGAUGAGAUUGAGGAUUGGGAGCUUGAGUAUUGGCCUCAUAGAUUUUCAUACCUGGAAUUACACCAGGCAACUGAUGGAUUUGCCAAGGAUGAGUUUCUUGGAUCAGGCGGGUUUGGGAAAGUGUAUAAGGGAAACCUGGAGAAUAACGUGGAAGUCGCGGUGAAAUCUGUGAACCAUGACUCUAAACAAGGGUUGAAAGAGUUCAUGGCUGAGAUUUCGAGUAUGGGAAGGCUUCAGCACAAGAAUUUAGUGUCAAUGAGAGGGUGGUGUAGGAAGGGGAAUGUGUUGAUGCUAGUGUAUGAUUAUAUGCCUAAUGGGAGUUUGAAUAAGUGGAUAUUUGAUAACCCGAAGACGCUAAUGGGAUGGGAAGGGAGGAGGAGGGUUUUGGCUGAUGUUGCUGAGGGGUUAAAUUAUUUGCAUCAUGGUUGGGAACAGGUGGUAAUUCACAGAGACAUUAAGGCAAGCAAUGUUUUGUUGGAUAGUGAAAUGAGAGGUAGAUUGGGCGAUUUUGGGUUAGCAAAGUUGUAUGCACAUGGUGAAGCGCCUAAUACAACUCGUGUGGUCGGUACCUUUGGGUACUUGGCACCUGAGGUAGUUACGAUGGCUUCACCAACUGCAGCUAGUGACGUUUAUAGCUUUGGGGUGGUAGUGCUGGAGGUGGCAUGUGGGCGGAAGCCAAUAGAUACAUCUGUGGAGACAGAGGAUGAAGAAGUUUUACUUGAUUGGGUGAGGAAAAAGUAUGCAGAAGGAAAAUUAGUUGAGGCUGCUGAUAAGAGAAUUACGGGGCAGUUUGAGGUGGAAGAAAUGGAGGCAGUGUUGAAAAUUGGACUAACUUGUUGUCACCCUGAUCCGCUUCGUAGGCCUAACAUGAAAGAGGUGGUAGCAGUAUUGCUUGGUGAGAAUGUCGCUACCACACCAAAGGCUUUGUUAUCUGAGUUAACAACCAAAAAAAUUGAUAUUGAUGAUGGUUAUGGUGAUGAAGGAAAAUUAAAAGGCAUUGCCAUAACAAGUUAAUGUGUGAAAAUCAGUCCCUUCUUUUGUAUUUUCUGCUUUUCAAUUUUACUUGGGCUUUUAUCAUUUUUAACUAUGUUGUACCAUAUCUUGUUUUUUACCGUAUAUUUGGAAUGAGAUUGAAGGUUUAAUGUGUACUGAGGUUAUGACCUAUGAGUGUAUGACUACAUUGAGAAGAAUUAAAACGACGUUGCCAUC